AUGUCUUUACAAUUAAUGAAGGUUGGCGCAUUCGCGCUUGCCUGUGCUUCCGCUGCAUCCGCCGCAAAGAUCUAUACUAUUGACGAGACUUAUGAGGGAGAAGGCUUUUUCAACAAGUUUAACUUCUUCACUGGCCUUGAUCCUACCCGAGGAUAUGUUCAGUAUCAAUCCCAAGCGGACGCAGCCUCGACGAAGUUCGGAAGUAAACUGGUUAAUACCAUAAACGGCCAGAAUUUUAUGGGUGUCGAUCACACGAACACAUACGACCCAUUCGGAGCUGGACGACCAAGUGUUCGAAUUGAGACGAAGAAGACUUACAACCAUGGUCUGUUCAUUUUGGAUUUGGCCCAUAUGCCAUCAAGUACUUGCGGUAACUGGCCAGCAUUCUGGACCUACUCGGACGUCAACUAUCCUGCACAGGGUGAGAUUGAUAUCCUGGAGAACAUCCACGAGAACACUCAGAGCUUGAACGUCCUCCACACCAGCGCCGGAUUCUCAGUCGCAGGUAACAAAAAGGGUCUUCAACAGAGCGGCGAUCAGACUACGUACAACUGUGACGAUAACGCCCAAAGCUCUGACUACGGAUCUCAAUUCACAGGUCAAGGUUGCGCAUCAACAAACAUUAACCCUGGCUCAUACGGAAGCGCACUUAAUGCUGUCGGUGGUGGAGUUUACGCAAUGGAAUGGACAAGCGAUGUCAUCAGAGUCUGGAGUUUCCCAAAAGUAGUCAUUCCACUUGAUAUCAUAGCCGGCAAGCCUGACCCAUCGAAAUGGGGACUGCCCACUUUCACCACAGCUCAAGGAAAGGGUGAUAUUGAUAGUCACUUCAAGGACCACAAGGUGGUUCUCGAUACCACCUUCUGUGGAAACUGGGCCGGUCAGGACUUUUUCUGGAAGCAAACUUCUUGCUACGAUCCAAUUCUGUACCCAACUUGUUCCGAAUACGUCGGGAAGAACCCUUCAAAAUACGCCGAUACCUACUGGUUGAUUAACAGUCUGAAAGUGUUCCAAUUGAAUGAGGCUCCUGUUACCACGUCUUCAUCUUCCACGAGUUCGUCUACCAGCAGCAAGCCAACGACUAGCUCUACCGUCUCUACCACCAGUUCUUCAAGUGCGAGCUCAUCUGCCAGCUUAACGAGCAGCUCAAGCUCAUUGUCCAGCUCAGCAACAACUGCUGCCUCAACCUCCUCUACUAGCACGUCAAGCUCCGCUUCUUCCACCGCAUCUUCAAGCACAAGCUCAUCUGUCAGCGCAACCAGCGCCACAAGCUCAGUCUCUAGCUCUACGUCCGCUGAUCCUACCAGCUCGACCAGCACUAGCAGCUCAGUCUCUAGCUCUACUUCGGCUGAUCCUACGAGUUCUACCAGCGUUAGCAGCUCCGUGUCUAGCUCGACUGACUCCUCGAGCACCACAGGAUCUACUAGCUCAACCAGCUCAUCUGCCAGCUCGACCACAAGCGACUCCUCGACUAGCGAGACAAGCACAUCCACUUCAGUCUCAAGCUCUGCCACAAGCGAUUCCACAACCUCCACUAGCGAGACCAGCUCUUCCACUAGUUCCACAGUCGCAACUCCAGACCCAACUCUGACUUCCACAACAACCAACAGCGGAUUGACCUUUUCCACCACAUCUUCCUCAUCAAGAUACUACGGAAACAGCUCUACCAUCGCGACCACCACCCCAUCCUCAACCAUCGAGACCCUAACACUAGAGCCAACAACCACCCCAAUGACAACCUCAACAGUCUUCACAACCUUCCUCAGCACCAUCACCAAGUGCCCAGAGACCGUGACGAACUGCCCUCUCGGCUCCGUAACCACAGUCAUCGUCCCGCUCUACACAACCAUCUGCCCUGUCUCCGCUAUCUCAACACCAACUACAACCCCUGCAGGCGGAAACGGCGGCGCUCUUACCACGUCAACAGUCUACACCACAUCCACAGGCACCGUAACCAAAUGCCCAGCAACAGUAACAAACUGCCCAUACGGCUCCCUCACCACCGUCACAAUUCCGCUGUACACCACAAUCUGUCCCGUCGCCGGAAAGCCAACUCCAGUUGCGUCGAUCCCAGGGACUGUCUCUGUGAAGACCGCACCAACUACCACCCUCAACCCAGGCACCUCCAUUCCUCCCCCAGUUGCGUCCCUCCCAUGCAACGGCCCAGCCUGCCCCCCCGUAACAAUCAUCCAAACCAAAACAACAAUCUACACAUACCCCGGCCCCGCACCCUCCGCUGCCUCUUCUCCAGUCAUCAAGCUCAGCACGGCAGUCGUGUACCCGACUAAAGCAGGCAAUGGAACUGGUGUUGCGGCGCCUACGACCGGUGGGAUUGUCGCGUCUACGGGCGUGGUGGGGAAGCCUUCGGGCACUGCACCUGGUGCGCCGGGCUCGAGUGCACCGGGUUCGCCGUUUGUGCCUGUGAGUGGAGCGGGAGGGUUGAAAGUUAGUGGGAUGGUUUUGUUGGGGUUGAUGGCUGCGGUGAUGUUGUAG